CACAAUGGUGUGCAUGAAUGUCCUGGCUGAUGCUCUCAAGAGCAUCAACAAUGCCAAAAAGAGAGGCAAAAGCCAGGCGCUUACUAGGCCAUGCUCCAAAGUCAUCGUCCGGUUUCUCACCAUGAUGAUGAAGCAUGGUUACAUUGGCAAAUUUGAAAUCACUGAUGAUCACAGAGCUGGGAAAAUUGUUGUGAACCUCACAGGCAGGCUAAACAAGUGUGGAGAGAUCAGCCCCAGAUUUGAUGUGCAACGCAAAGAUCUAGAAAAAUGGCAAAAUAAUCUGCUUCCAUCCCACCAGUUUGGUUUCAUUGUACUGACAACCUCAGCUGGCAUCAUGGACCAUGAAGAAGCAAGAUGAAAACACACAGGAGGGAAAAUCCUGGGAUUCUUUUUCUAGGGAUGUAAUACAUACAUUUACAAAUAAAAUGCCUCGUGGAAAAAAAAAUUAUAUUCAUUGCCAAUUCUCUUCUUAAGCAUUUAGACUGGAGAAAAAUCACAUCAUUAUGUUAAGCUAUAAGCCAAUCUGGCCAAUCAACCCCUAAAAAUCCCAAGAAUAAAAUUCUGAUCGCCCUUCUAGAAAUAAAAAUAGGAUAAAUGCUUUGAAAUAUAUGUGGUAACUUGCUGGAGAAAAUGAAUUUUCUCCAGAUUUCACAAAAUAAAAAUGGAAACUCUUUUUGGGUUUGUUUUGAAUCUGGUCCAGAUGGAUGAAAUUCUCCGGAAACCUGACCCUUAAUACAAAACUCCCAUUUUUUAUACAUUCAAAGACGAUCGCGAUCAAUUUA